GGGGGAGGAAUCAAACACCCUCUUCCAUUUUAACUCGUGUAAACAGACCCAGGCUGCAGCUAAGCUGAUUCUUUCUUGUUUUAUAAAUAGAACAUGCCAAUGCAAUCCUUUCCUUCCCUCACUCUAGCUGCCCGUCCUGCUAGUAAAUAUUGCAGGAUGGUGUAGCAGCUAUUUUACUGCAAGUACAACCAGACAUCUUGUGAGAAAAUGACAAGGAGGGCCGAGAGCAGUUAGCACUUUGUGGACAUUCCAGAGGGAAGAGCAUCUGCAUUAAUGACACGCAGGCUUUGGCAGGAGGGAAGAGAACGUUAAAAUCAUGUCCACAAACACUGCGGUUCAGAGGAGCUGCACUAAACAGAAUCUCUCAAAGAGAAGCCUAGAAUGCAUAGGGGAGUGUUCUGCGAAACGAAAAGCUAGCUGGGGUAUUCUCACCAGUCAAGGUUCUUGGGCAGAUCGCUCACCACUGCAUGAUGCAGCAAGUCAGGGACGCCUCCUUUCUCUGAAAACUUUAAUUGCACAGGGAUACAAUGUAAAUGCUCUGACCAUUGAUCAAGUGACUCCACUACAUGAAGCAUGCCUAGGAGAUCAUGUAGGAUGUGCAAGAAUUCUUCUUGAAGCAGGAGCAAAUGUGAAUGCUACAACAAUUGAUGGAGUGACACCCUUAUUCAAUGCAUGUUCAAGAGGAAGUGCAUCUUGUGUAGAGCUUCUACUGGAGUAUGGUGCCAAAGCUCAGUGGGAGACAUGCCUCCCUUCUCCAACUCACGAAGCAGCUAGCAGAGGUCAUAGUGACUGUCUAGAACUGCUGAUCUCUCGGGGCAUAGAUGUUGACCAAGAUAUUCCUCACCUGGGAACACCUCUAUACGUGGCUUGCAUUUCACAGCAGAAACAAUGUGUACACAAGCUUCUGCAUUCAGGUGCUAAUGUACAGAAAGGAAAGUUUUUGGAAACUCCACUACAUGCAGCUGCAAAGCAGUCUAGUGCUGAAAUAGCAAAUGUACUUCUUGAGUUUGGGGCAGACAUAAAUGCCAAAAAUACAGAAUUUGAACGACCUGUAGAUGUAGCUACUCCACGGAGUCUGGUGGAAACAGUAUUGCUUCUACAAGAAGCUACUCCAUGUUCUCUUUGCCAACUGUGUCGGCUACGUAUCCGAAACUACAUAGGAAAAGCCAGGUUGCAUCUUAUACCGCAGCUCCAGUUGCCAACCAUGUUGAAAGAGUUCCUGCAGUAUAGAUAAAGUAGUGACUAAUUUUUCAAAACUUGAAAAAAAAGCAGCCAAGUAUUUUACUAUAUGUUUCAUGUGAAAAACUGUUGAGAUGGGGAAGGGAGGGCAUAAACCAACAUUUACUUACUAAUAUAUAUCUCACAACUGAAGCUACAUUAUAAUCCAGUGAUAUUUGGGAUUCCUUGAGCAACCUGAUGGAGAGGGGCUAAUAUAAUUAAAUAAAAUAGAAUUUGCUAAUACUCUUGAAAUUUGCUGUACACUUUAAUGUAGUGUUCACUGAUCAGCCACUUCAUUUAAUACUACCUUUCUUUAGGGGCUUUUGUGGGGACUGUUCAUCACACAGCGGAUGUGCAGGAAUAUGCAGGGAUUCCAGGGUCAUCCAGCUAUUUUGUCAGUUACAGUAUUUCCCAGCCCCCUGUGUAUUAUUGCUAAGGGAGUUUGUCCAUUUAAAUGCUGUUGCUCUCUCAGAAUCUGCUGUACUCUUCAUUCAUUGGAGGAGGGGGGAUGAAGCUAAAGAAGAAGAUGGGAGCUGCAGUUGUCAGGAGCAACAGCCUUUUAAGUGGACUGGAGGCUGGAGUGGCAAUGAAGGUGUACUGUAAUCCAAAAACACUCACAGAAUGUUGUGUAAGUGAGUGUUGUGCAAUGCUCAAGACCUGUACAUGUGUUUAAGAUCUUUUGUUCACUGGCACAGAUGAAUUAUUAUUUGGUUUUGUUAUAUUCUGGUUCAAGGUGUCUUGUUCUGUGUGUAUCUAGAACAAUGGGGUGUUAGAUGCACUCUAUAAAUAUAUAUACAUAUUGAAAGACAAUAAAA